GAAAUGACAUUUGUUGAACUUACUGUAGCGUGAUUUUGGGUCAGUUUAAUUUAAAUUUAUUGCUAUGAUUUUUUUAUAGCAUUAUUUCUUAAAUAGUCCAUAUAAUGGAAGAAGAAGACCCCGUUGUACAAGAGAUACCAGUGUUUUUAUCCCAAGCUUUGGCAGAAAAUUUCUACAUCUUUCAAUAUCCUGUGAGACCUGCAAAUAGGGAUUGGAAGGAUGUUUUGGUGAAGAAUGCAUCUAUAAAACCUAAAAAUAAAAUAGUGCGAUUGGAAGUGGGUCUUGAUACUUAUAGUGAUAAAUACUGCCCUUCUAAAGGUGAACAAAUCGCUUUGAAUACAGAUGGCCAGCAGGAAUCAAGGUACAUAAAGGAUAGGGAUAGAGAAAAAUCUCAAUAUUUCAAAAAUGGCAUUAUGGACAAGAUUGUAUUGGAAAGCAGUGUACCGUGUUUCAAAACUGAACAUUAUGCAGUAGCAUUGUUGCAAGACAAGGAACUUCAUUGUACACCAGUUAAAGGAAUCAUUCAACUGAGACCAUCUUGUUCAUUCUAUGAUAAGCAAGACAAACAAAAGAAUGAUAAAAAUAAAGCAGACAAUUCCGAUGAUGAGGAAAAAGAACCAGAAAUUCAACAGGUGACAGUAAAAUUUGCUCGUCAAGAGACUGAGAUUUCAAAAAAGGCCCGUGAAAAAUCUUACGAGACAAUAUCGCAACGCAUCUUAGAUGAGCCAUGGUAUGACGGACUGUGGAAAUCAUCUGAUAGUGAUCAAGCUGAAUUGGAACGUCUCAAGUUGUUCAGUGCAGUGACAACAGAUGGCUCUUCUCUAACACUGCCGCAUAGCGAGUACGUGCGCGCGUUAGUGCCCGCCGCGCCCGCAGACGAGGCCGGCGCUGUUGUCGCCAAGCGGCCAUCGCUACAGGAACAGAUCAAGGAGAUACUUAUCAGUGCUAAACUGAUGACGUUUAACGAGCUGCGUGGUCGAGUGUACAACGAGGACGGCAGCUUGGCGGGCGAGGCGGCGGUGCUGAACGCGCUGGGCGGCGCUGCUUGCUGCGUGCGCGGUCUGUGGGCGCCUCGCUCUGCUGACCUCUACACGCGGCCCUCGCCCGCACCGCCGCAUCUCAUGUGUACUGCCAGAGAUCAUGUGUUGUAUCUGUUCACACAACACCCUUACGUGGACAGACGUAAGGUCGCCGCAGCGGUGCGUCUGCCGCCGAGCGAUGUGCUCCAAAUAAUACGCUCCGUGGCUAAAUUCACACCUCGAAUGGGAUGGGAGCUGUUACUACCCCCCGAUACGGCGUUCGAGACCAAAUACAACGAUAUUGUGCAACGUCAGAACACGUAUUGGGAAGCGAGACAGCGACAGUUCAAUGAAAUGUUGAUCGGUGAAAAUGUGAACAAACGUCAAAGGAAGAAAUCUCAAAGGGAUUCGAUAUGUGAUGUGAUAAACAGCCCGAAGCCGAGGUGUAAUAGUGUUAGUGAAGACGAUAGUGAACGUAAACGUAAGAACAAAUCGUCCAGUGGUGUCGGCAAACGGACGCGUAAUAUCAGCUCUAGUAGUGUACAAGAUUCUACGUGAAUACUUAAAUAUAGUUAGGUUAUCAAAUUGUAGUUUUUUUAUUAGUAAUGUUAUUUGUAUAUGUUUUGGGUCAGAUUAAUUUACACAUACAAAAAACUGUUUGUGAUUUUUUUUGUUAUAUUGAAAAAAACUAUAGCGCCUACAAUUGUCCCUAA